AUGUUGGAAGUGAUGCCUGGACAGUGGGAGUUUCAAAUCAGUCCUACUGUUGGUAUUGGUGCUGGUGAUCAGUUAUGGGUUGCUCGUUACAUUCUCGAGAGGAUCACUGAGAUCUGCGGCGUGAUUGUCUCAUUCGAUCCAAAACCAAUCGAGGGUGAUUGGAAUGGAGCAGCAGCACAUACAAACUUCAGCACAAAAUCGAUGAGGAAAGGAGGGUUGGAUUUGAUAAAGAAAUCAAUAGGGAAGCUUGAAGUGAGCAUAAACAACACAUUGCAGCUUAUGGUGAAGGCAACGAGAGGCGUCUCACCGGGAACCAUGAAACCGCAGACAUCAACAAAUUCUCUUGGGUAUGAGAUCAAAUUAAUACGAGUGGCGGAUCGUGGAGCAUCAGUGAGAGUGGGAAGAGAUACGGAGAAGGAAGGAAAAGGGUACUUUGAGGAUGGAAGGCCUUCAUCUAAUAUGGAUCCUUAUCUUGUUACCUCCAUAAUAGCUGAGACCACCAUCCUUGGCUAA